AUGGUGUGGAAGCUGUUCUUAUUUAUGUAUGUGGCCACGCUUAUUUUUAAUUUUGUAGGAAUCACUGCAAAUCUCUUUAUUAUAGUGGUCAUUUAUAAGACAUGGAUCAAAAGCCACAGAAUCUCCUCUUCGGACAGGAUUUUGUUCAGUUUGGCCAUCACUAGAUUCUUGACUCUGGGCUUGUUUCUACUGAACAUUUUCUACUUUACUGCAAAUGCUCUAAGGUCAGUCUACUUUUCCACGUUUUUUCUAGUAUGUUGGAAGUUUCUGGACUCCAACAGUCUCUGGCUAGUGACCUUGCUGAACAGUUUGUAUUGCGUGAAAAUUACGAAUUUCCAGCACCCAGUGUUUAUUCUGUUGAAACGGACAAUCUCUGCAAAGACCUCCAGUCUGCUGCUGGCCUGCCUUCUCAUUUCUGCCUUCACCACUCUCCUGUAUCUCGUGCUCACACAGAUGUCACAUUUCCCUGGACACAUAACGGGGAGAAAUGACACAUUAUUUGACCUCAGUGAGGGCAUCUUCACCCUAGCAGCCUCUUUGAUCUUGAGCUCGCUGUUACAGUUUGUGCUCAACGUGACGUUUGCUUCCUUGUUAAUACACUCCCUGAGAAGGCAUAUACAGACGAUGAAGAGAAACACUACCAGCUUUUGGAAUCCCCAGGUGGAGGCUCACAUGGGUGCCAUGCGGCUGAUGAUCUGCUUCCUCCUGCUCUACAUUCCAUAUUCAGUGGCUACCCUGAUCUAUUUUCCUUCCCAUGCAAGGAAGAGUCUGAGACUCCACGGUGUUAGCAUGAUCAUUACUGCGGCUUACCCUCCGGGACAUUCUGUCCUCCUCAUUGUCACACAUCAGAAACUGAGAGCUAAGGCAAAGAAGAUUUUCUGUUUCUACAAACAGUGCAGUUUCAUUAGGAAAGCUUGA